AUCCUGAUUUUAGCUUUGCUCUUUUCAGUCUCAGGCCUCGUGGUUGAAGUGACCCCUGGGGUAUUUGAUCCUGACGGGAGCAGAUCUCUGACGGUCAACUGCACGUUCUCCCGCGGUGUCCGAGAUGACGUGACAGCCGUCGUUUCACUGAUAGUAUCGAGGUCGCAGUACUCUUCCUCUGACACCUUUAUCGACUUAGCAUCCAUCAACGAAUACUCCAGUAACCAGGUGAACGUUUUCGGAUCGGAGAACACCACGGCUACUGGCAGCAUCGACCCACAGAAAAACUCAUUCAUAAGCCUCUACUGGGAUUCCCCUUCAACGCGCGAGGCCGGCAACUACAGGUGCUCCGCACAGGGGAUCACUUCCGUAGGCCACAGUAUUGUUGAGACGGAGGACGCAGAAGUCAGGCUCCUUCUACGUCCAGACGAUCACCAGCUAAACCGAACGAAGCUGUUGCAGGAUAGAUUAAAGAGCAUAGAUCUUAGGCUCUCUGAGUUUAAAAACUCAACAGACAAAGAAAUGUCUGCUCUUAAACAAGACAUUACAAAAUCCGAUACUUUUAUUGCAGAGAUCCGCCGACGGUUUGAAACGAUCCAAUCCACAUUGUUUGAUAGACCGGUCCGCUAUGAGAAUAGCAGAUACUACGUAUCAAAACACAACUGGAGGUAUCCGAGCCUUGAUGAGUCCAUGUGUGACCUGUUGGGGGGAAGUCUGCUGGAGAUAAGCGAUGUCAAUGAAUUCAAAGCGGUGUCGGAUUUUCUCCGCAACGAUUCUGCUUUCGACGGCGUGCUGACGGGCGGCAGUCACGAAGAUAAAGAAGGCGCCUACGUGUUCAUGGGAAGCGGGAGAGAGAUGGUCUAUAAAAACUGGGCUCCCGGGGAGCCCAAGGGGACUCGCGAUGAAAACUGCGUGGUGCUGCUCAAACAGUAUGGAUGGCAAAUGGCGGUGAAGCCGUGCUUUGAUAACAGACUGAACUAUAGGUUUGUGUGUGAGACUGAACUGUAG